AUGGACGUGAUUACUAGUGAAAAAUUGCAAAAAAUACUGCGCAAGUGCGUAAAAAAUUACACCGCUACAGCGGCUAUCGCCGAAAUCGUAAAACAGAUCAACAUGAUGACCGCAGAUCGCAACGAGGCAGCGAUGUUUCUCGCACAUCUGAUUCAUGAGAGUCGUGCUUUUGAUUUAAUGGAAAUAUAUAGCGCUAGAUUUUACACGGGGCAUAAACACGGUGAUUUCCAGGGCCGAGGAUAUAUCAUGCUAACUUCGGAAUUCAACUACGGACCAGCUUCGAAAGAUAUUUUCGGGGACAAUAGACUGGUCAGCAAUCCGGAAUUGGUAGCGGCGGACCUGGUUAUUGGCAUGAGUGUGGCGGUGUGGUUCUGGGAAAAAAUUGUACGCCCGAAAGCUGCUCCAUUUAAUACAUUCUAUGCCACAACUAGAACUAUCAAAAAUGUAAUUAAACCGUUCCAGGAACGUCCAUAUGCAGGGAUACGGUAUCAGUACUAUCUGAAAGCAGCUGAAGUGUUGAGAAUUCAACCAGAGUCGUGGCCGGCGUUAUUGGUCAUUUUUGAAAGUAUUGAAUCGGUAGAAGUUACACAAUGA